AGGACCAUUCUUGAGGUACAUUUAAUACAACCUUUUAGGCAGGGACCAACUGGUGACUAACCUAAGGGAUGCAUUACAGUUGAUAAAAAGUGUGGGAUAAGUGGGGCUAAAACUAGAAGUGAUCCUUUUUUUUUUUGGUCAUAAUUAUUCCUGUGAGAAUCACCUCAUGUUAGUGCUCAAAAACAAGCACCAUUCUAUGGAAUUAAAGAGUUCUCUACUUAGGUUGAUUAAUGUAUUCAGAGCACUUAAAAACAGUAUUUAUACAAGUGAAAAUUCUGAGGCAGGGGGAGUGAGGGUGUGUGUGUUUGGGUUUAAAGAAAAAUGAACGUGAGUCAACAAAACAAGAAAGAACUUGAUUUAGAUUAGAGUAUCAAAGAAAGUUUGCCUGAGGAGGUGAUACUGAAACUGACAAAUAGGUGUUAAGUGGGCUGUGUGGUGGUGAUAGCAUUUUAAAUCAGAGAAAACAUUCUCAAGGGUUCUGUUGCCAAAGGGAGAGAUUGAUACGACUCGCCUAAACCGAAUUUGCCAGGCUUAGGACUUCUUAAAGGGUUUCAACUUUUAAGGAUAAUUCUGGUCAAGCCGGGUUUCUCCAUUUUGACAGUAAGUUGGGUGCAAGUGUUGUGUUUAAUCUGAGGCUCCCCAUGUGGUUAGUGACAGAUAUAGGUCUAAAAUUCAGAACUCCUGACCUAGCAUCCUACCCUUAUAAAAAUGAAAUAAGGGGCUGGGGAUGUGGCUCAAUGGUAGAGCACUUGCCUAGUAUGUGGGAGGCACUGGGUUCGAGCCUCAGCACCACAUAAAAAAAGGUAUUGUGCUCAUCUACAAUUUUUAAAAAUAUAUUUUAAAAGAAUAAAUAAGUUCUAGAUCAGGAAGUCUAACGUAAGGAGCCCGGGACUUUGAUAAGGCUGGGACAAGGGUAGCUAUUUGAGAACUAGAAAUGCUAUUAAAUUGCAAGCGCUUGCAGUUAUACAAAUUAUGGUUAAGGCUGUCUCAGGAGCCAAUGGAGCGAGUAGUACUCACGCGCGGCUGGAAGAACUCCGCCCCAAGACCCAGAGGCCAAUGGAGUGCGCCGUAACAAAACUCGUCACAGGAAGAACAGUCAGUGGCACCAAUGGCGUGCAUCGUACCUACAGUUCCUGCCGGAAUGACGCCUUUGCGUCCCAGCAGCGAGGGCGGUUGCUAUGACGCCCUGGCUCCUUAGGCACCUGCAGUUCGCAGCUGAGCUGCUAGCCGCGGACCGACCCCGGACCCUCUCAGCAUCCUCCAAAAAAAAAAAAAAUUUCCUCCUGCUUCCUGAGGUUCCCGCCUCAACUCCGAAGAGGCAAGCAUCUAUUCUCCACUCCUUUCCCCCCACAUUCCAGGGCUUUUCCGCUUCUCUUCCAAGGAAGGACCGAAACUUAUAGAGGAGCCCUUCGUCUGGCCUUUCCCGAUGAAGCUGGAGUGAUUCUGCCUGAAGGAUUCGCCUGUUUUCCCUGGAUCCGCUCUUAUUAAAACAGUGGCUUAGAACACGCUCAGUGAGUUAUGUAGGCGUUCCUUUUCUCACCUAACCGGUGAGUGGCACACCCCGGACAGAUGACUGCACCCGAAGAUACAAGUCGCUAAAAGUUCACGGAGGCACAAUUGUCCCCUACUUGUAGGCACGUGAACCUAAGAACUGCCGUUUCCUGCUUUUUUUUGGCUGGUCUUCGUCAUGCAGAACCUUGAAGAAGACUCUGGAGAAGACUCUGGAGGCCUUUGGUAACCUCAGCAUUGGAGAAACCCAGAGAAAAGAAGUUGAAGAAAUGUUGUCUCAAGAAGAUUUGUCUAAAAUAGUUCCAAGAAGCUCCUGUGGACAAAUUGCAUAUUCACUGGUAGAAAGAAGAACACUCUUAAAGAAAUUGGAACUUGUGGACUCCAAGCCAGAGUCUCAAAGACAUAUGAAUGGUAACCUGCAGAAAGAAUUUCCCCAGGAGAAAUUUGAACAAAUCCACCAGCCUCUGCAAAGAGAACAUCAGAAAUACCAAGAAUGUGGACAACAGUUUAAAAAAGAUAUGAGUGAGUCUCAUGAAGACCUGCUGCAUGAAGAUAAAACAUCACAAAAUUGCCUAGAGAAAGGCACGGAACAAGUAACCCAGAGGUUGGAGAGGGCUCAGGAAGAGAUCCAAAGGCUCACUGAUAAACUACAACUGAAGGAGAAGGAAGAAAGUAAAUUAGAUUCUGCACUUAAGAAGGCUCAACAAGAAGUUGAGAAAUUGAAAGAAAAUAUGAUAAAACUGAAAGAAAACGAUACAGUUGAACUACAGAAAGCAAAAGAACAAAAUCAAAGACUAGAUGAGGAAAUUCUAGCCUUAAGAAAUCGGGUUCGAUCACUUGACUCAGAAAAAAAAGGGCUUGGAGAAGUGGUUGAAAAACUUAAAAGAGAGAUGUGUGAAUUUCAAAAGAAUAAACAACUUGAAAACUUCUCCCCUGGAAAAACUGUGGGUGCUGAACAGAGAAUACAGUAUCUGUCAUCUGGAGAAAAAAUAAAAUGCGAGCCGCUAGAGGAAGUACAACAACUUCGCAAGAAUUUGCAUCGCCUCCAAAUUCUUUUCAACUCUGCUGAAAAAGAGCUUCGAUAUGAGCGAGAAAAGAACUUGGAUUUAAAGCAGCAUAAUAGCUUGCUUCAGGAAGAAAUCAUCAAGAUCAAAAUCGAACAAAAGCAGGCCCACCAGAAGUUACUAGACAGCACAAAGAUGUACGCCUCGCUCACUGCAGAGUGGAAGCACUGUCAGCAGAAGAUCAGAGAACUGGAGCUGGAAGGACUGAAGCAGGCUCAGAGCCUCAAAUCGCAGAACCUUCUGCAGGAAAAGCUGGCUCAGGAGAAAUCUAAAGUUGCCAGUGCAGAGGAAAAGAUUUUGGACCUGCAGCAGAAAUUGGAACAAGCUCAUAAAGUCUGUCUCACAGAUACCUGUAUUUUGACAAAGAAAAAACUAGAGGAAAAGAUCAAAGAUGCAAUAGAAAAUGAAGCUGAGUUAAGGCAACAGUAUCAGGAAGAACAACAGAAGAGGAAGCUCCUAGAUCAUACUGUAAAUGAGCUACAAAGGAAAGUGAGAACCUUACAGGAUGAAGACAAUCAAUUGAAAAUGACCGUGGCUCAGCAACAGGAGGCCCUGCUCAACCAACUGGAAAAUGAAAAAAAAAAAUCUAAUGAGCAUAUCAAGAGCAAUCAGGAAUUGUCAGAGAAGCUGUCGGGAUUACAGCAAGAGAAAGAAGCUCUAUGGGAAAGAUGUGUGCAAUUUUUGGAGCAGUUUGAUGAGCAUGUGAGAAACCACUCUGAGAAGCAUCACCACAAAGCCAAGCUUCGAAAGAUCAAGGAUCAUCUAGUUCAUGAAGUAGAAAUACGAAAUAAGAGAAUUAAACAACUUGAAGAAGAAGCUGGACUCCUGCAACAAAAAAUUGAGACGGAGAAGGCAUUCCAGGCCCAGAUCACGGUCCAAAAUGAUAAUCUGAUCAUAGAAAAAAGGGAGCUUCUGAAGCAAGUCAUGGACCAAGAAGAAAUAAUCCGCAACAACAAACAAAUAAUCUCAUCAGUCAAGAGCAAAGCACUUUUCCUGGAUAAAGAAAAUAAGCAAUUACAGGAAAAUCAUUUCCGGCUCAUGCAGCAAGUUAGCUUCUUAGAGCGCAUUAUAUGGAACAUCCAGAUUCGCAGAAAAGAGGAAGCAACAAUUAGUGACAACCCUGGACUUGAUGUACUAAAGAAAAUAUUGCCUUUUCCAGGAUCUAGUUUUUCAGGAGCACGUCUGUUAGAAUCCAUUGGAAAUCUUCAAGGGACUAAGGAACAUAAAUCAGAAGCAGCAAUGGGAGUUUCAAAGUCCCCUGAGUCUCUUUCAUGUUCACAGAAUUCUGAAACUGGAUACAUAAAUAUGGCUUUUCUGAAAGAGGCACACAGCCUAAAAAAACAAGACCAAAAGUCAGAACUAUAAAAUCGCUGGUGUCUAACACUAUAAUGAUCAAACCUGCUAACUUAAAGCUUGAACGUUAAAGUGGACUAUGACAUGGAAGAUUCCAGAUUCCUCACUGUAUGUCAGCCAGGAGUCUUCAAAAUUGCUGAUAAUUCAUUAAACAGUUUCUAAAAAUGGAUUUCUCAAGUUUGUUUUAUAUCCUGAGAUGAUUUGAAUUGAUCAGUACAGUGAAGUUCGAUGAUAUAAUUAGAUUUUACUUCAGAGUAUAUAUAUGGUUAAUAUAGCAUUCUUUUCCAUUAUCAUGGGUAUUUUUAAGUGUUAUUAUUUAAAAGAAAAAAACAAUGUAAUCACAU